CGCGGACACGUGCGGGUGGAUCUUGUCCCGGUCUUCUCGCUCGAGGACGCCCUACUCUUCGGGUCAGAGGCGCAGUUGCUGUUCGACUUAACAAUCAAGGCGAUGAGAAAGAGCUCUACCGUGCUGAACGCUAUUGCCGAAUGUGCGUAA